ACGAUCGCUCAGUUAACGAGUUAACUUUGAACGGAGCGCACGCGCGAAUCCACGCUCGUUCGUCGGUUGAAUCGAAGUCGUUUUGUGCCCGGUUAUCCUUUGUGUCGGAGUGAUCCUGCCUGAGAAUCGGCCGUGACGCGUGAAGUGUCUAGUCACGAUAGGAAGUUCUAGACCAGCGUUCGGUUGUCCAAAAGUUCUGGCCAAGAAGCCCCCGCGAAUCAAUGAACACCGUCGUGCCCCAUUCUUAUAGACCUGAUUUGGAACGGUGCGAAGAGGAACGAAAUUGGAUUAUUCAGUUUUAUCGCGACUGUAAAUUUAAAUUUACGAUCAACUUUUAUGGAUUAUUUUAUCAGGAUCAUUUAAUUUAAAAGAAGAAAGAACACAGCGGAGGAGAGAACAGUGCCCGGGCGAAGAGAGCACAAACGGGUCGAGCCGCGCAACGCAAAAGAAACAGAUCGAGAGGUGUUUUUUGUUGUUAUUAUGUGCGCGUCGUCGUUGACGGCUGCGCUGCUGGGAUGAGUGUGUAGUGCCGAGGGGAAAAAGGAUUCGAUCGAGUUUUUCGAAAGUGAUCUCCGGAAAGCAAGUGAAGAAAGGAGAAUAAAUUGAUAAGAAAAUAAGAUAAUGUGAAGUGAAAUUUAUUCGCCUCUUUAAGUGCGUUGAUAAAAAAGAAAAUAAACCGGGCCGAGAAGGUGAAGAGAACGCACCUAAAACAACGAUCAUCUGGAUCAAAACAUAGCGAGUGAGGUCUCGGGAAUUUCGUUCGGCAGCAGCAACAGCAUCUGGGUCCCAGGAAGACAGUGCAAAGCGAACAGUGAAACAAUUAUUGAAACGGACAUGUCCAAAGCAAAUGUGGUGUUGUUUCUCAAAUUAGUUGCUGGUUAAUGGGGGGUUGGAAUCGAUCUAGUGAGUGAAAACGAAAACAAACAAGUGGGGCCACCCCAAGUGACCCUGGGCUUCAAAAUUGCAACGCUACGAAGAUGCGUCCGUCGCCGGCCUUGUUGUCGGUCCUGUUUGGCACCAUUUUCGGUGUCUUUGGUGCAUCGUUGAGCAAGUCGCUCUUGUCACAGGCUCCCGACGAAUGCCGGUGGUCUGGUUAUAGUGAAGACGAUCUUACCCUCGUGUGUAGACUUAGAACUAUCAAUAGUGAGCUGGAGAAUACCAAUUUUAGUGUACUGCAUCCAGAGAAUACUGUUCGACUACGGUUACAGUGCAACGAUGGACUGUUCUUCCAAUCCAGUAUCAGCCCUGGAAGCUUCCGGCAGCUAUCAGAACUGCGAUCACUGUCAAUAGAGUACUGUAAAAUAGCAAAUCUCAGCGAUGGAUCCUUUCGGGGACUCAAGGAGUUAAUGAAUCUGACACUACGAACGCACAACACAGAUUGGUCGUCGGUCAGUCUGGAGAUCGCGCCACAUGUCUUCAACUCCGAGCUGUCGAAACUCGAACAUCUAGAUCUGAGUCAGAACAACAUGUGGUCCUUACCGGAUGGCAUGAUCUGUCCGCUCACAAAACUGCAAUACUUGAAUCUGACGCAGAAUAGGCUACGAGAUCUGUCGGUGUUCCAUUUCAGUGCUUCUCUAAGUACGCGGCUUUCCAAAAAGUGUGGAGGAUCAAUAGCUAUCCUCGAUUUAUCUCACAACAACGUGGAUAACCUGCCACCGGCUAUCUUCUCCGGUCUUGGGAAGCUAACAGAACUUCGCCUACAAAACAACGGCCUUAAUUUCAUCGCCGAUCGUGCCUUGGAAGGCCUCCUGUCACUCUCCAAGCUGGACAUUUCUCUAAACCGGCUUUCCAACCUUCCUCCAGAACUCUUCUCCGAAGCCAAACACAUCAAAGAAAUCUACCUGCAGAACAACAGCAUCAAUGUCCUAGCUCCAGGAAUUUUCAGUGAACUUCAGCAACUCCUAGUCCUCGACCUAUCCAACAACGAACUCACCUCCGAGUGGAUUAACCCAGCCACCUUCAAGGGCCUUUCCCGACUGAUUCUCCUCGACUUGGCAAACAACAAAAUCUCCAAACUAGAACCAUCCAUAUUUCGUGACCUCUUCAGCCUGCAGAUCCUACGCCUUCAGGACAACUUCAUCGAAACCAUCCACGAAGGCACCUUCUCCGAGUUGACGGCGCUACACACCUUGGUCAUUUCCAACAACCGCCUAUCGAACAUCGAGUACUUCUCCUUCCAGGGAUUGAGUCGGCUGACACUUUUAUCCCUGGAUUACAACCGGAUAUCACGGAUCGAUCGGGUAGCCUUCCGGAAUUUGUCGACGCUCCACGAUCUUCACCUGAACGGUAACAAGCUGCUACAGGUCCCCGAUGCACUGUAUGACGUCCCAUUGCUCAGAACACUAGACCUGGGCGAAAACCAUAUCAGCAACAUCGAUAACGCGAGCUUCCGGGAGAUGGUUCACAUGUACGGCCUGCGAUUGACCGAGAACAACAUCGAAACGAUCCGGAAGGGGACGUUCGACGCGAUGAAGUCGCUGCAGAUCCUUAACCUGUCGAAGAAUCGGUUGAAAAAGGUCGAUGCGGCGUGUUUCGAUAACAAUACGAAUCUUCAGGCUAUCCGGUUGGAUGGGAACUAUUUGACGGAUAUUACUGGGUUGUUCACGAAGUUGCCGAAUCUGGUGUGGUUGAACAUUUCGGACAAUCACCUGGAGGUGUUUGAUUACGCUUUGAUCCCGACAGGGCUGCAGUGGUUGGACAUCCAUGCGAACAAGAUCGCCGAGCUGGGGAAUUACUUCGAGAUCGAGAGUCAGCUGGCGUUGAGCACGAUCGAUGCCAGUUCGAAUCAGCUGACGGAGAUUACGGGCAGUGCCAUUCCGAACAGUGUGGAGUUGCUGUACUUGAACGACAAUCUGAUAUCGAAGGUGCAGUCGUACACGUUUUUCAAGAAGCCGAAUUUGACGCGGGUGGAUUUGUUUGGGAACAAGAUUACGACGCUGGAUCCGAAUGCGCUGCGGAUAUCGGCCGUGCCGGAUGAUAGAGCGUUGCCGGAGUUUUACAUUGGAGGAAAUCCGUAUCAGUGCGAUUGCAAUUUGAACUGGCUUCAGAAGAACAAUGUGGACUCGAGAACGCAACCAAAGCUGAUGGAUUUGGAUAGUAUCUAUUGUAAGUUGUUGUACAACCGGGGGAGGACGUACGUACCGUUGGUGGAAGCGUUGCCGAAUCAGUUCCUGUGCAAGUACGAGACGCACUGCUUUGCGCUGUGUCAUUGCUGUGAUUUCUACGCGUGCGAUUGCAAGAUGGAGUGCCCGGCGAGGUGUACCUGCUAUCACGAUCAGAGUUGGACGUCGAAUGUAGUGGAUUGUUCGCGGGCAGGAUAUGAAGAGCAGCUGCCGGAGCAGAUUCCAAUGGACUCAACGCAGAUCUAUUUGGACGGAAACAAUUUCCGGACGUUGAGCAGUCAUGCAUUUUUGGGACGGAAGAAGUUGAAGGUGCUGUUUUUGAACAACAGUAACGUGGAGAUGAUUAGCAACCGGACGUUCUACGGGCUGAAGGAGUUGGAGAUUUUGCAGCUGGAUCACAAUCAGAUCGUCGGAUUGAACGGUUUCGAGUUCGUGGGAUUGGAUCGGUUGAAGGAGUUACUGCUGCAGUACAAUAAGAUCAUGACGAUCGCAAAUCACAGCUUCGAUCAUUUGCCUAAUUUGAGAGUGUUGAGGCUGGAUCAUAACCGGAUCUUGGAGUUCAAUAUGUGGCAUCUGCCGAAACAGCUGACGGAUUUGCGGCUGGCUUCGAAUCCGUGGUCUUGCGACUGCGAGUAUGUGGAAAAGUUCCGCGAGUAUCUGAAAACCUACGACUUUGUGAGGGACAGGAUGAAAGUGCGGUGUACAGCAACGAUCGCGCCGGGUAAUGAUACCGCCGUGGUUGUCGGAGGAGCGGUGAAUGGGUCUGCGGCGGCGGCCGUUAGUACGAAGGGAGUCCCGUUCGAUGGCAGUGGGGAGUCAACGGCGGUUGGAGUUGGUGGUUUCUUGAUUUAUUUAGACAACAGUACGACACUGUGCAGCGGAGCGGUGCCACUCGAUAACAUCAUCAACGGGAACUUGACGUCGCGCAAGACUGUGCUAUCGCCUCCGCCGAUCGAAGGUUAUUUCCCGCUGCUGGUGGCUGCGCUGUGUGGUUUCACGGUGAUCAUCAUCAUGACGCUUAUUAUGUUCGUAUUUCGGCAGGAGAUGCGUGUUUGGUUUCAUUCUCGCUUCGGCGUGCGGCUGUUUUACCGGAAUGCCGAUAUGGACAAGAACGAGAGAGAUAAGCUGUUCGACGCCUUUGUCUCGUACAGCUCGAAAGAUGAAGCAUUUGUGGCGGAGGAAUUGGCACCAAUGUUGGAGAAUGGUGACCCUUCGUACAAGCUUUGCUUGCAUUAUCGGGAUUUUCCCGUGGGUGCGUACAUAGCCGAUACGAUCGUCCAGGCAGUGGAGUCUUCGCGAAGGACGAUCAUGGUCUUAUCGGAGAAUUUCAUCAAAUCCGAGUGGUGUAGGUUCGAGUUUAAAUCUGCGCAUCAUCAAGUGCUGCGAGAUCGUCGAAGACGAUUGAUCGUGAUCUUGCUGGGAGAGGUUCCUCAAAAAGACCUCGAUCCGGAUAUUCGGUUAUACCUGAAAACCAACACCUACCUUCAGUGGGGUGACAAGCUGUUUUGGGAGAAGCUGCGGUUCGCGCUGCCGGACGUCCCAAACAAUCAACGGCGUCGGCAGCAGCAAUCGAUCAACAUGACUCAUUCCAAUAUUCGAAACAACUACCAGCUCACUCGAACGCCAAAUAAUAGGAAUAACACCAGUAACCAGUUGAUCAUGCUCCAACAGCAGCCGCCACAGCCAGACCCCAGACUGCGGCCGCAGCAGCAGCAGGAGCAUUCUUCUCUCCAGCAGCAACCACUUCCGCUGCCUGGACUUGCGCAGCAACCGCAGCCACCGCAACUGUUGCAACAUCAACGGCAGCAGCAGCAGCAGCAGCAACAGGAGCAGCAGCAGCGGGGUGCCAGCAAUGCCUCGCCCCGAACCGUGGGGAUCCACAUAUGACCCCGACCCACAGUGUGAUACAGUCGGAGACGAUUUGUCCCAGUGGAAUAGGAACUGAUUAGGUGAAUUUUAGGAAUUUCUCCUUCGAACGCGAAACAAAUGUGAUAUUUAUCGUUAAGUCAGUUUAAAUUAUGAUCCGUACUCGAAGCGAACCAGACCGGACCCCGGACGUGUAAAAAGUGACCCCCCUAUAGAUAGCUAGACCAGUUAAGAACGUUGUAGAAAGGAAAACAAAACAAGGUGCAAUUCUGUUCUCUCGGUCUCUCGCCGAAACCUCAAAAACCCCAAACCCGCAAAAAAUGUAUGAAUAGAGCAAGUGACAUUCUUGGGCACGACAACAAAAAACCGACCACCAACCGAGUGACUGUGUCUCUGUUCGGUACAAGAGAAGAGUGAGUGUGAGAGUGUGAUACCGACGGCAGCAAGCGCUGUGUACGCAAGUCAGUGGCGUCCGGAGAAGAAAAUUAAUGGAGUUCAAGUUACACCACAACGAUCAGAAAAAAGUCCAAACAACCUGUGACUCGACUUCGACCGACACACAAAAGAAAAUAGGGAAGAAAGGUCUGGGACAAACACAAAUCAAAUGCAAAUUCAACGUGUGUUCGGAGUGUGGAACGAGUUCGUAGCACGAGUGAUCGUUACAAUCGCGGCGCGCGCGUAGAUCGUCUUUGUCCGUGCGGGGAGCGCAAAAAUAAUUGUUACACCGUUCAACAAGAAGAAGCCCUGGUUCCCAGCCGGUAAUGACUGGUGCAUUCUCUCCGCACCACCUCGCACCGAACACGAAGAAGCAAACUGGAAAAAUGUCUGCCCGAUCUUGUGUGACAGCCAGCAGCCCAACAGCCGCGUGAAAACCGCGAAGAUGAAGAAGUGCUGCUGUUGGGCCGAUCGACCGCGCGAUCGCAAUUUAAUAAUGAUAGUGACAUUCUCCGGAGUCGUUACGCUUUCCGUGCGCGUCGUCGUCCUCGUCGUCCAGCCGCCCCCGUUCGCGCCCGUCCAUCAGAGGGAACUUUAUUACACGAUCAUCAGCAUAAUCAACGGUUUAUUAUACAAUACUUGUUGCACUGGGCCCGGCGCGGUGGUGCGAUGUGGUGCAGUGCACAGUGCGUUGGGUGCAUACAAACGUCCAGCGCAGAUCAUCGCCGAGGACACCGGGGACCGAACGGUCAACAAUUACCACACUGCCACCACCACCGGCCACCAACAGCAGUGACCAAGAUGCAACCGCAUCGACACCGAGGCUUUUGGUCGUCGUCGUCGUCGCCAGGGCAGAGCAGCAGUGACAGCAGAAGCUACCAGUUUCCACGAGUUCGUUCCAGAGCAUCAGAAGCAGGCAGGCGGAGUAGAGGCAGCAGGCAGGGAGACUCCAAGCCGGACGCCGGCCAUCCAACCGGGGGUUCGGCCCCGGACGUGUUGUGUGCCAGCCAGUCAGUGUGCAGUUUAGUUUCUUUCUUCAUUUAUUUUUGCACUUAUUACUGUUAUUAUUUAUAUUCUCUCUCGGUUCUCGUGUGUUUGUAUCGUGGUCACAUCACUGACUGGUAGGUUAGGUAGGUAGGUUGCUGCACAGUGCAGCAGAGGGAAGCUUUUAAUAUUUGCUCUUUGAUAUUGUUGGGAAAAAUGCCACCAAGAACAACCAACUGAAGUUGGUACCGUCGCGCGCGCUCGAGGAAAAACAAAAGCAUGAAGCUAUUUAGGAGACGAUAUUAAAAUAAUCAUUAUUUUCCCCCCGCCGACGAUGAUGUUGGUUGUGGUUAGGGCAUGGAUCUGAUUUCUAUGAACAAGCAAUGGAGGAGCAUUCUUUCGAUUCGUUAGGCGUUGUAAUUUCACCUCAUUCUGUUACAAUUGCGGCAAUAGGCAAAAUGCCAUUUCUGUUCUGCAAUUGCAAGUCGGAAGUGCGGCGCGCACAGUCGAUCUAAUUUCGCAGGGAGCUGUUUAGAGCAGUGAUUCUCUGUUUUUGGAAUGCAAGGCAGAUUACGGGGAUCCCGUUUUAGUUUCGUCUAGGAAUGGUAACCUUUAAUUAUCUCGUUAGAUGGGUGAGACGGUUUCAUUGUUGCAAAGAAGGUGAUAACUGUCGUAGCAUAGCCGCGAGGUAAUUGUGUGCAUUGCAUGAGUUACAUGGGUAUCAUCAAAAGACUACUACAAGCGACGAACCUGAUUUAUCUGAAAAGGUGGAAAUACUGACGUCCCCGAUUUCUAACUGUAUUCACAGAUGUUUUCUAAAAAUCUUAGUAUGUUUUCAACAUUCUAAAUCGAAUAUUUGGAGCUAAGUAUCUGCUCAUCAUAGACGUUCUGUAGCAAGAAAUCAACAUCCUUUCAAAAGAGUUAUGGCCAGGAUUGUGCAUGAAAAUCUUCAAUUUUUUGUGAAAAUCUGGAUCGAAAUCAGAGUUAUGACUUGUCAGAAAUUAUUCAAGUUUAGGUGAAAUAUUUCCCGGAUUCUUUCAGUAGAUUAUUACAGUAUUAUUGAAUCUUCGAAGUGCUACUAGUCAAGGAUGUUUUCGAUCAUCUGGCAAUCAUUUGAUUCAUUUAUCCACAGUUCAGUUCAGAAGCCUAAUAUUAAAAUAUGAUGUUCGACAAGCUUGUAGAUUAUUGUUUUUCCUACAAUUAUCACCAAGGACGCCAUAUUCUAGCUCUUAUAUUUACGGCGUAAAAGUGUUAGUACCACCUACUCAUACUAAACGAUCGGAUUUUCCGUGCUGCGGAUAAAUGAAUCAAAUGAUUGCCAGGUGAUCAAAAACAUCCUUAUCCUUGCUACUAGUAACAAAAACGUUUCCUGCAGACCUCAGGAUUUUCUUGAGGUUUUUUUUACGAUUUGUAUUUUCGUACCUUCGAAGCCUUGAUAAUUCUGGAGUUUUAGGGAAGGUUCUUUCUGGUUAAUGAAAGAACUUCAAUCGUUAGCUCAUUACAACCGAAGACAAGCGUGAUAUUCCCUUAUCGAAGUAUCUUCCAUAGAAAGUAGUAAGAGUAAUACCAAUUAAAGUAUUGAACAGAGGAAGAGAACAUGGUUACUAGCUUCCGAAGCAGAAAAGAAUACAUCACAGGUUUUAUACAAAGGGCAACGUGUACUCUAAUAUCUAUAAUUGUAAUAGCAAAAGCUUCGUCAUUCUACGAAAUGUUUUAAGAAGCAAUGAGAAGUAUUUGAGCAGAGUAUGCUAUUGAUAUGGUAUUUGUUGAUUUGGUGUGGACAUUAUUUUGGAAAUGUAAUUAGAAUUGUUUC